UUGGACACAGUUGUGUUAACAUUCAGGAAAAACCUUAUUCUUGCACUUUAUGUAACAGAAAGUUUUCGCAUAAAGGGUACUUGGUUAAUCACAGCAAAGUCCAUAAUAAAAAAAACUUCUUACUCUUGCACUAUAUGCUCUGUGAGCUAUUCAUUAAAACGUAGUUUAGUUCGUCACAAUGAAGUUCAUUCGGGAGAAACUGUGAAAAAUCAUGUGUGCUACUAUUGCAAUAAGAGCUUUUCAAGCCCAUUUCAUUUAAGUAGACAUACAAAAGCCGUUCACACGAAGGAAAGACCUUUUGUGCGUAAUAUUUGUGAUAAGAGUUAUAAGUCAUCAAGUGCUCUAAGUAGCCAUAAUCUUGUUCAUACGGGUGAAAAACCUUAUUUGUGUGAUUUAUGUAAUCGUGGCUUUUCUCUGAAUGGUAGCCUACGUAAACAUUAUCGUAAUGUCCAUACUCUCGAAAGACCUUUCUCAUGCAGUACAUGUAAUAAGAGUUUUGCUCAUAGAAGUAAUUUAAAUUCUCACAUUCGUGUUCAUACAGAAGAAAAACCUUUUUCUUGCACCCUAUGCAACAAGAGAUUUACCUCAACCGGUGGUUUAUUCUACCAUGGUCGAACUCAUACUAAAGAGAAACCAUUUUCGUGUAGUGUAUGUAAUGAGAAGUUUACAAAUAAAAAAAGUUUAGAUACACAUUGCCGUGUCGUUCAUACUAAAGAAAUACCUUUCGCCUGUAAUUUAUGUGAUAAAACUUUCCUUACUAAGUCCAGUUUAACUGAGCACAAACGUAUUCAUACCGGAGAAAAUAUUCAUCCAUUCAACAUAUGUAAUAAAAUAUUUUUGAGAAAAAAUAAAUUGAAUGUCCAUUUGCGUGUUCAUACAAAGGAGAAACCAUAUUCUUGCAGUAUCUGCAAAACAAGAUUUGUACAGAAAGGUAGUGUGCGCACUCAUAUGCGUACUGUUCAUAAUAAGGAAAAACCCUAUUCUAGUGAUCUCUGUGAUAAAAGAUUUGGGCAUAAAUCUGUUUAUUUGAUGCAUUGCCGCACACAUACUGAUGAAAAACCCUAUUCUUGCAAUAUCUGUGGAAAAGCAUUUUCAAGGGAGUUUAUUUUAACUCAACACAGUUAUAUUCACACUGGAGAGAAACCUCAUUCUUGCAGUAUUUGUGAUAAGACAUUUGUAAACAGAAGUAACUUAAGAAAGCAUAUCCUUAGCCAUACUGCAAAAGUUUAUUCAUGCGAUAUUUGCAACAAAAGUUAUUCACGAAAAAUUCAUUUGGCUGCUCACACAAAGACUCACGCUAAACAAAAACUUUUGUCCUGCCAGACAUGAGAUCAGAGUUUUUCUACCAAUAAUGAUUUAACUGCUCACAUGUGUGUCCAUAUCAAAGAAAAACCUAUUGAAUAGUUUUUUUGUUUGUUUGUUUUAUGUUAUGAUGUUGUAGUACAUGUUGCAUGAGAUCAUUAAAUUAUCUAUAAUCAUGUACUAUUUUGACAGCUCUUAUAAAAAAAAAAAGAAAAGAAACAUUCUGAACAAGCAGUGUUUUAUCUUUCUAAAAAAUUUUAAAGUUUGGUGAAUUUCAAUGCUUUUAUGUUUUUUUUUUUUAUGGCAAAACGCUUUAAAUAGGUUUACUAAAAUUAUAUGGAUAUAAUAAUUGAUUAGGUUUGCUGUAGUUGAGGGAAAAAUAUUUUUUGUUAGAGUAUAAUAUAUGUAAAGUAAUAUCACUAUUGGUAAGGUAGUUUAGUACUGGUAAAAGUAGCUGUGGAAUAUUUAAACAAAAAAGAUUUAAAUCUUCUGGGGAAUUAAAAUUUUUAAGCUGAUACUUUCAUCAAAUUCCUCUUUUGUUCCUCAAUAGAAUUUUUUUUCCUCUUCUUCAUUUUAGAAAUUCUGUAUUUUUUGUUUUCUUCUUGUAAAUAUAUAAGCGAUAAAUGAAAUUUCUUUAUUUUGACUCUCGAAAUUAACUUUUCAUAAAGUAAAUGUAUUUAUUAAGAACUUGAGAGUUCCAUCAGACAACAUUAACUUCUUUACAAUUGUAAAAAAGAAGUUUUAAACAUGCUAAAUCAACAUAAAUUGGGAAACGGUCUCUAAUUACACAUUAGAUGAUUAAAGAAAAACAUUAAUAUUUGGCCUUAAGUUGUUAAUUUUAAUUUAUUGCAUUUUUGAAAUUUAGUAAGUAAUUAUAUCACAGAUUAGUCCAUUUUUCUUUGAUUUAUUGUAAUAAAACUUCUGAAUGCAACUGAUAUGUAAUUAAUCUCUUGAGUAGCUGCGAGAAGGAAAAAUCUGCAGCCUAGGAGCCAGCAUUACAUAGUUUAUCACAUAAAUAUUUUCUACAUAUUUCACAGGGUUGACAUGGUUUAGAUCACUUCUAUUUAUUUUUUAAAAAAAGUCAUUAAUUUAAAGUAAUUCUGAUUUUUUUCAUAAAAAAAUAUUGUUAUUGACCAACUGAAUUUUUUUAAAAAAAACCUAUACUAAUUUUGAAUCUUAAAACAGAAUUCUAAAUAGUUAUCAACUAUUAUCAUUGAAUAUCUAAUUACCAAUUGUGACUUCCUGUCUUUAAAAUUCCUUAAAAUGUUAAGCUUGAACUGAAAUAACUAUAUUGUUAUUAAUUCAGUGAUUAGUCUGUAAUAAUCAAAUAACAAUUUUAACCAUUUUAGUAAGAGGUAUGUAUGUAUUUUAG